AUGGCUUCAUUGGGAGGAAGAAGAAGUAAAAUACGUCCAGAAGCUACAGGAUAUGGCGUUAAUUACGUCGAGCAGAUGAACGUCAAAGCUUACCUAGAGUAUUAUCCUACGAAUCCAACCCUCAUCGCCAGUUCCAGCUCUGAGAAUGUCGCCGAAUACACCACAGUGACCGCACUCGAAGUUAUCGAGUUUGGGGCUACUGUCGUCUCGCUCAUUACCACCACCGGCAAGAGUGUUUUCAAAGAAGUGGUUGAAACCGCCGCAGCGUUCAAAUUGAAGGAAGGGUGUCUUGAGGUUAUAAAGAAUUCACUUCUGAGAUGGAGUACCCUUACCACACUGGCCAACGUGGAAACCCCUCCCUGCAUCCACAUCGCUCUACCUGGAGCAAUGUAUCUCGAAGUCUAG